UUCCCCCUAAAGCUAAGGAUUUAGUGUGGAGAGCUUCCUCAGGCUGUUUACCAACAAAGUCCCAGAUCCAGUUGCGGCAUUUGAACGUGGAUCCUACCUGCCCUCUUUGUCAAUCGGCCAGAGAAACAAUUGUGCACAGUUUAGUUACUUGCCCCCUAGUUUGGCCGUGUUGGGUACGUUUGGGUUUUCCUGUUCUGGCCCCGACCUCAGAAACGUUUGGCUCGUGGUUGAUGCAAUUUUUGGCUCGGCUUGACCAAGAUAAAAUACCCAGAGUUUUCAUGUUGCUUUGGGCAGUUUGGUUUAGAAGAAAUGAGUGGGUAUGGCGUAAUAAACAGGGCUCGUGUUUUGGGAUCUCACUCAUGGCCGAGUCUUCGCUGCAAGCCUGGGUUCAAGCUCAAGACCGAUCGAUUGCGCCUCUGCAUCACUUUCUUUCGCCUGAAGAUGGUCGUGAAUCUUGGAGUAAGCCGCCGUUGGGCUACCUCAAAGUCAAUGUCGACGCAGCUAACUUCAAGGAAGCUUCAACGUUUAGCUUCGCUGGGGUUGCCAGAAACCAUGAGGGUGUGUUGAUGGAGGCGUUUUCUGUGUGUAGAAUGGGUUCGGUUUCUCCGGAAUUGGGUGAGGCCAUGGGGGUUCGCGAGGCCCUCAGUUGGAUAAAGAGGAAGAAUUGGGUGCAGGUGCUUUUGGAGACCGAUAGCAUUCUGGUGGUGCAAGCUUUGAGAAGCAGCUGUUCUUUGCCCUCUUACUUUGGUAGAGUGAUAGAUGAAUGCAAGGAAUUGUUGAACAAUAUGAGUUCUGUUUUAAUUAAUUUUGUAAAACGUUCUGCAAAUGGGGCAGCCCAUGCUUUGGCAAAGGAGUCAUCCUUUGUUGCUGAACGUAGUUUGUUUCAGGAGGAUAUGUCCUCUCUGGUGUUGGAUGUUUUGAUUAAAGACUGUUGCUAAUGAAAUACUUA